AAAAGAUACAGCGAUGCAAUAAUGAAGGAAGCAGAGAAAUGGUACCGGAUGAAGGGUAGAUGACGACGAACGGGAAAUAAUUCGAGUGACGGAGAAGAAAUGUGAGACGAAGAAAGACAAAAAGGGAAAGAGGAAGAGAAUAUAAUUAUGGAAGGGUUAGACAGCAAAGCAGAGCUGUACGACUUUUUUUUUUAUUUUUUACAAAGAAACUAAUUUGGAGUUUGGAGGUUACUGGUUAGUUAAUAGUUACUGAGUUAGCAUCCCUCAAACGCCGUGGGAAAAUCACUUGCACCUACACCCUGAAUUGGCAGACCCGCGCCAGAGGACCAAUCAGGUUUCGGCACCUGUAGUGGGGAAACCUCGUCUUCUCUAUUCUUCUAGCCGGAGCUCUUCUGCAGAGUUCUCCUGCUCCUCCUUCGGCGUCGUACGGACUCAAUUUCUUCUUCUCAAUCCGUUUUCUCUGGCCCCCACUUUCGUCUUUCCUCAUCAUCAUCGUCGUCAAGAGCUUCAGAAAUCCUCCGACUGUUCUUCCCUGAAUUGCCUUCUUCUGCUGUGAAAUUGUUUGGCGCGGUUCCUUUUUGUCACAGGAGGAAGUCGGUGAAUCGACCUCCGACGCCAGACCCGGUGGAGGAGCAGGAAGAGAAGGAGCCUUCGCUUCAGGAAGUAAUCAACGUUAAGUUGGUCGAGAGUGGAGAGAAAGAGCGGUUGAUGGACCUUCUGAGGGAGAGGCUGAUCGAGUGUGGAUGGAAAGACGAGAUGAAAGCUCUCUGCAGGGCUUUCAUGAAGAAGAAAGGCAGGAGUAACGUGACUGUGGAUGAUCUUGUACAUGUGAUUACACCUAAAGGCAGAGCCUCGAUUCCUGAUUCGAUAAAGGCCGAGCUGUUGCAAAGAAUUCGUGCUUUUCUAGUGCAAGCCUCGGUUUAGCUUGUCCCUUGCCCUACCCUGUUUAGCUAGAGUUGUGGAUUGCCUGCACGGAACCUUCAAACCAAGUAUAGUACGAAAGAGAAAUUGUUCCAGAUGUUGACAGUCUACUUGGAAGGAACCAAGCGGGUGCUGCUGCUGCAGUCUGUCCGCUGCAAUCCACCACCCAAAUGCUGCAAAUCUUGAACAAAAUGCUCAGAAAUAUUAGAUGUUACUUACAAAAUGUGUAAUGUAUCAUAAUACAAUAUACUUGUGUGCUUUCUGGAGCGAAUUUUAGCAGAUUGCUUAUGUAAUGUUUCAGAAAUUUGUGGUAUGAAAUUGGAUCGAGCUGACUCUUUGCGUGUUUUUUCUGCAUUACUACGUGAAAGAACAUCAUAUCUGAUAUUUUUGUCUUAUGGAUUAAUUGGAGAUGCACAAGGUUAAAGCA